CUCAGAGAGAAGGUGUGUGGUGACGAAGCUUCCCCAUUUCCCUUUAUUCAUCAAGUUUCCUCUGACUGUUAAGUCCCUCCGGUCUCUGAGCUCCAGCCUUUUACAGUUGGACACACCUGGCCAGUGUCUCAGAUUGAACUAUGAUAUUUUUCAUGGAAAAUCUAUGGAAUGAUACUGACGACUGGGAUGAGGAAUUUGGAAAUAUCAGCGGCACACCACCUACAGACACAUUCAGUCCCUGUAGGGUAGACACCGAGACACUCGACAAGUAUGUGGUGGUGGUCAUCUAUGCCCUGGUCUUUGUGCUGAGCCUGCUGGGAAACUCCCUCGUGAUCCUGGUGGUCUUACGGAGUCAGUUCAACCGCUCUGUCACCGACGUCUACCUGCUGAACCUGGCCGUAGCAGACCUGCUCUUCGCCCUGACCUUGCCUAUCUGGGCUGCGUCCAAGGCAAAGGGCUGGAUCUUUGGCACGCCCCUGUGCAAGGUGGUCUCGCUCCUGAAGGAAGUCAACUUCUACAGCAGCAUCCUGCUGCUGGCCUGCAUCAGCGUGGACCGCUACCUGGCCAUUGUCCAUGCCACACGCACGCUGACCCAGAAGCGGCACUGGGUCAAGUUCAUAUGCUUAGGCAUCUGGGCCCUGUCCCUGAUCCUGUCCCUGCCCAUCUUCGUCUUCCGCAGGGCCAUCAAUCCGCCCUACUCCAGCCCGGUCUGCUACGAGGACAUGGGAGUCAACACGACGAAACUGCGGAUAGUGAUGCGGGCCCUGCCCCAGACCUUUGGCUUCCUCCUGCCCCUGGCGGUCAUGCUGUUCUGCUACGGACUCACCCUGCGCACGCUGUUCGAGGCCCACAUGGGGCAGAAGCACCGGGCCAUGCGGGUCAUCUUCGCCGUCGUGCUCGUCUUCCUGCUCUGCUGGCUGCCCUACAACCUGGUGCUGGUGGCAGACACCCUCAUGAGGCUCCGGGUGAUCCAGGAGACCUGUGAGCGCCGCAACGACAUUGGCCGGGCCCUGGAUGCCACCGAGAUUCUGGGCUUCCUCCACAGCUGCCUCAAUCCCUUCAUCUACGCUUUCAUCGGCCAGAAGUUCCGCCAUGGACUCCUCAAGAUCAUGGCCUUCCAUGGCCUCAUCAGCAAGGAGUACUUGUCCAAGGACGGCAGGCCUUCCUUUGUUGGCUCUUCUUCAGCCAACACUUCCACGACCUUCUGAGCCCCCGGCCCUGCCGCAGGCCCUCGAGGUCCCUCCCUCGCCAUCGGCAUCCCGUCCCGAGCCCCGUGUCCCCUGGCUGUUGACAGUCUCUGUGUCCAGGCAGGCCCCGGUCAUGGUUGCAGGAAGUUACUGGGGCUCGUCCUCCUCAGGCCCAUUGUGUGGUUUAGAAAGCCUGCCCUGGUUCCCCACCGCCUACUGCCCUUCCUAUGUCGGCUGCUGGAGCUCAGUCCGUCCUACCACUGAGCCCACAGCACUCCGUUCUCUGAGGCAGUUAAAGACAUUUAAAAGGCAUUCUUUUAAGUGACUACAGAAAGUUCCUCCCAUGGGCAGCCAUUGGUGGCAAAGGACAUGAGCUGCUACCCCAACUCUCCCUUUCUUGCUUGGCAGCAAAGUCCACCUCCCUGGAGAGAGGCUGGAAAGGACAGACACUCACUUUCAAAGACUCCCUUAGCUAGGAGGGGCCCUGUCAUGCCCUUCUGACUAGUGAGACUUCAGGGCAAUAGUGUGCUGGUAAAGCACUCUCCUGGGGGAAAGAAGUCCGGAUUUGUAGCAUUUGCCACGUUGCCUGGUGUGAACGCUCCCGCCAUGGUGAUUUCAAGGGUUUUCAAGUGUUUAGCAACCAGCUCACAAAAAUUUGGGAAAUAAUGAGCUGCUUUCACAAGCAGGUACAAACUGGCUUCAGCACACCAUUGCUUAAGAGGAAGUCUGCUGGGGCCAGGGACUCCUGGGAAGUAUUCCUGACUGAAAAAAGAGAGAGAGACACACACACACACACCCUUGGUUCUCACCUUUGAAUACGGUUGUAGGAUACGAUGUGACAAAGAGGCAAAAAGUGCUCUCAGCACACGUAGGCAGAAGGAGGGGAUGACAGUAAAGAACCCAGAAAGAAACCUGAGCAUAAAUGGUCAAUGAUUUCAACAACGGGCACCAUGACUAUUCAAUGGGGAAGGACAGUCGUUCAGCAAAGGGUGCUGGGUAAACCAGAUAUCCACACGCACAGGAACGAACUUCGUCCCUUUCCUUAUACUCUAUACAAAAGUUAACUGAAAAUGGGUCAAAUACCUAAUGAUAAAAGCUGAAACUAUUAAACUCUUGGAAGACAACAUAAGGAAAAGCUUCAUUUGGUUUGAGGUUGGGGAUGGAGAGAAGUUCGGAGAUGAGGUUUAGAUCAAGGUUGAGGGUGGAACCAGGGAUGAGGUUGGAGUUAGAGGUGAUGUGGUGGGCAGCCAGAGAUGAGAUGGCAGGUUGGGACAAGACGGAGGGUCAGAAAAGGAUGAAUUUCAGGAACAGGGGGAGAUCCAGAAUAGGGAGAAGAUGGGGCUGGGGUUAGUGCAAUUCAGGGAGGUUCCAUGGGAUUGGGACCAAGUAUGGGGUGAAGUGUAGGAAUGGGAUGAGUGUUUGAGUAUGGUGAGUCUCAGGGAGAGACGUCAGAACUGGAGUGAGUGUCAGGGGCCAGCCACUAUUUUAGUCCAGUUAGUGGCUGGAGGAAAAAGACAUCACUGGGAGAGUCACCAUUUUCUGGGUAGAAUUGUCUAACACGCUUUUCUGGGACCCAAGAUGGAGGUACCUUGGCUGUCCGCCGAGGGUCUCCAAGUAGUUUGAUGAGAAAGGAGUUAGGGCUCAAGCCCUAAGAGAUAGAUCUGAUUCAGAAGAGAAGCUGGAAGAAUGCAGAAGAAAUCCAGGGAGGUAGGCUGGCAACUGGGUCUGGGAAUCUCCCCUUCCUCUCCCUCCCUCCUUCCCCUAAUGCCCUUCCACCUCUCAGCUGCAAGCUUAAAUGGCCUUCUUCCUCCAUCCUCUGCUGUCCCAAGACAACUCUGUCGGGGGCUUCAGUAAGUAAAUAUGGAUCCAUACUGGGCCCGGGGAAACACAAAUGACUAAUAUGUAUCUGAAAAGAUGCUUGGCCUCACUAGUAACCUGGGAAGUGGGAAUCAAACAGCAAUAAAAUGGAAGUGUUUUACAUGGGGAGGGAUAUAUAGUUGACUGUCAAACAACAUGGGUUUGCAUUGUGUGGGUCCAUCGAUAAUGUGGAGUUUUAAAAUAAAUACAGUACUGUAAAUCUA